GAUUAGUUUUAAUCUACGAUGCUUUGAGUUUGAUUGGAGUUGAUCUAGUUGAAGUUUGAUCCAUUUACGUAAUUAUUGUGGAAAUUGUAAUUACGUAAUUAUUGUGGAAAUUCAAGUUGUGAAAUUGAUAAUACUUAAUUUUAUAGAUACGUAAACUGCCUGUAUAAAAAAGUAAGAUAGGCGAAAUGGAUAAUAGCACUCAAGUUCUGGACGAUUGUCGUCGUACUAGUCUAAAUUAUGACAGAUCUGAUGUUGGCAGAUUAAAGGUAGGGAUGCUGUUAAUACAAGAAGUUUCACACGAUAUCUUCAGAGGUGUCAAUGUUAUUGGCAGAGAUGAAGUCUGUGAUAUCGUCAUCAGGAGUGGAGCCAUCUCGAGUAAACAUGCUGUCAUCGAGGUGGAGGACUGGGAUACGCAUCUGGUGUAUGAUUGCGGGAGCACUAACAAUACACGACUUGGAAAGACUAUAUUGAAGCCCAAUGUCAGAUACAAUCUGCAAGGGGAUGAUCAUCUCACAUUUGCUGAUUUAAAAGCAGUAUAUACAAAGAGAAUAUUUACUGUUCAAGAAAUUGAAGAUUUAAAUGAAUAUCUUAUUGGAGUUGAUAAUCCUUUGGGAGAUGAAACUGAAGAUGACAAUUUAUUUUUGUUACCAACCCAGACAAUUAAAGAAUUCAAAUCAAAGCAGAAAGAUAAAAGUAAUAAAAGGGCAAAUUUAAGUUUAACUGAAGCUACUUUUCAUCCAGCUUUAGCAGAUAAACAUUGUAAAAGCACUGACACUACACGUACGUACACAACAUGUACGGUAGUAAAAAAUGAAAUAGUUAAGCAGUGUCUUGACAACCAAAGUAAAGAACCUUCUUAUGAAGAUUUUGACAAUGAAUUGACACAGGUAAAUACUAGAUUACUUGAAAAUAAAACAUGUAAUAUUAGUUCUAGUGGCAAUAUUUAUCAGAAAAGCAAAUGUGUUGAUACUCCAAUAUCAAAUGAAGAUUUGGAAAAUGAAUUGACUCAAGUAAAUACUGCAUUGCUUGAAAAUACUAAACGUAAUAUUCUUUGUGGCAAUAAGAAAAGUAUAACUGUUAAACACAAAGAAAAUUUAACAAGGAACAAAAGUGUAGAUCCUCAAAUAUUAAUUAUAAACAAAGAAAAUAUAAAAGCUACCACUCAAAAUGUAAAAGCAGCUAAGUACUCUAGCGAUUCUUUUUCUAAUAAAACACAUGUAUUAAAAACAACCACAGCUUGUCCUGAAAAUCCUUACCUAAAAUGUAAAGAAGUAAGUAAUGUUGUAAUAAAAGAAGAAAUUGAUAUUGAAAUGCAACAAAUUAGUGGUUUAAACCACGGUACACCUGCAAUUUCUCAAGAAAAUAGUAACAUUUCUGAAAAUAUACCAGUUUUAUUAUCACAUGACAUAAAGAGCGAAUGUGAAAUAAAGGAAGAAAGAGUUGAUGAGGAGGAAUGCGAGGAAAAUGAACAUACUCAUUUGGCAACUGAAAAUUUUAAUAUGAGUUGUGAAGGAGACUUUAUAAGAGAGAUUGUACCCUGUGACAGAUCAAACAAAAAAGAAAAAAUUGGAGAACUUGAGGAGUUAAAUGGAAAAAAGAAACAAUUAAAUCAGGUGAAAGAAGCUAAAACCAAUUGUAAUAAACAACAUUCAUUAAAUGUUAAGCCACUUUCUAAUGAUUCAGUUGAAAAAAAUAGUUACAAUGAAAUUGCUACAAAGCCUGAUUACUAUUCAAAAUUUAAUUUGAAAACUGCUGUUGUAAUAAUUGAAAACAUUUGUGAUCAGUUUCUAGGAUUUCCAGAAAAGAAACCAAUUUCAUACAAAAUUAAAAGUUUACCCAAAGUUAUUGACCCAAAAUAUUCUAAUACAAAAGAAAAAUCAAGUAAAUAUAGCAUUUCAGAAAUCAAUGUCUUACCUCCUUUGAUAAAAAAUAAGAAACAAUUAAAAAGUAUAACGCAGGUUACAACAAAUAAAAAUGUCUCUAGGCAAUCAAAAAAAGGAAACACAAACAAAACAAAGAAUUCUAUCUCAGAAAAAGAUAAUCGUGUCAAAAAGAAGAAGGUAACUUAUAAAAGUUCAGAUGAAAAAAAUGUACUCCUCAAAGAUGGCGUAGAACCAGUAUCAAAAAAAUCAGAAAGUAAUACAAUUGCUAAUAUAAUAGAGAAAAAUAAAACUAAAGCUCACCUAGAGGAUAGCCAAUUUCACCAGGAAUGUUGUAAGUUAUCAGAACCUAGUUCCAAAAUAACUGGCCAACCAAAAAAGAGUAAUUUAGCUGAUCCUGAUGUUUACAAAAAUAUUUUAAAAGAAAAUGAAUCUUUUAGUAAAGUUACAAACAAUAUAAACAAAAGAAAGAUAGAAAAUGAUACAAGAGAUGAAAUAAGUAAAAUGAAAUCUUAUAAAUUGUAUUCUCAUUCUAUGGAAGAAAUGUAUAACAAAACAAAUUCAGAAAAAAUUAAAAAUAAAGUAGUAAAAGAUUUAAUUGAUAUUAAUUUUAGAAGUAAUUGCAAACGCACAAUAGUAAAACCUGCUCGAUUCCAGAAUAAUGGUAAUGUUAGGUCAGAAUUUUCUUCAAGUGAGGAAGACUUUGGAUCUGGUAUGAGAAAAAGAAAGAGUGUUGGAUCAGAGUCAUCUGUAGUUAAAACAAAGAAGACCACAAACACUGAUGACUCUCCCUUUGAAAUUUCGCUAGAUAAUAGUUUUUCCAAGAAAUCAAAAGAAAAUGUGCCAGCAAAAGAACAUGGGAAUCCAGAUAAAGCCAGAAGUAAAUUUGGAAGUAUAAAAGCAAGUGGCAAAGUUAACUGUAGAGGAAUCUCCAGAAGGAAAAGUGUUUCAAGUGAUACCUCAACUAGCAAUCAACCAGUGAGUAAGAACCCAAGGCGAUCAUUUGCAAGAGGUGAGAAAGUUUUGUUUACUGGAUUUAGCAACACAACAUAUGAAGCCAACGUAAAAAAAUUAGGUGGAACUGUGGUUGACUCUCCCGACAGCUGCACUGUGCUUGUUACUGACAAAGUGCGCAGAACUGUGAAGUUCCUCUGUGCACUUGGUCAGGGCAAGCCUAUUGUCGACCCAGAAUGGAUUAUACAAUCUCACCGUUGCACAUGCUUUGAAGACCCUAUGAAUCACCUACUAUUGGAUGUGGAAGCCCAGUCGAGAUUCAAUUUCGACCUCCGACAGACAAUAAAUGAAGCAAAGAAGCAGCCAAUGUUAACUAGCUAUACAGUCUAUACCACACCCAGCGUUAAACCUCCUCCAGAUGACAUUAAAAGUAUAGUAGAAAGCUGUGGUGGAGAGUUUUUGCCAAAGGUACCAUCCAAGUGGCCGGACCAGACGAUUGUCAUAUCUCAUCCUGACGACAAACCUCUGUGGAAGAACCUUAAAGUGAAGGGAUCAAUUCCACCAAUUGUGGCAGCGGAAUUUUUGCUCCUGGGUGUUUUACAACACAGAAUAGAUACUCAAAGUCACAAAAUAUCUUAAAAUUGAGCUAUUAAUUUUUUUAGAAUAAUAGUUUUUCAGUUAACUUAUUUGUUUAAAAAAGAAUGUUUUCUUAUUUGUUUUACUAAUUUUAAGCUUGAGUUUGCUGCAGCAAAAGUUUUAGUGCAUGAAGCAGUAAAAUUAUUGUAUUUACAGUUCAUUAUCAAAAUUAGCACAGCAUGUUUUACAGGUGUGAAUCCAUUGUAAGAGGGAUUUUCAUUUCUAAUUAAAGUGGGUAGCCUGGAGAAGUAUGAUCCAUUCUGAAAUGCAUUCUCAUCUUCUGGUGAUAGUACAGAUUGGCAUAGUCAUACUGUAACUUUUCUUCAUUCCAUAGCGUAAUCAAAAUGGUUUAUACAGGAAUGUUGUGGAGUACUUCAUCACAAAGUAAUUUUCUUCUUCUAGGGAUUAAGGAACUUUUGUAGAUUUCUUUUUUCUGUUAGUAUUUCUAAGGCUGUGAAAUCCAUAUUAAAAACUGCAGAGACUCAAUUAAUGCCCUGCAGUGGUUGAACGCACACUAUCCACAAUUUACAUGACUUCAAUGUGAGACUACGAUUUCAUAGAAUGAUGUCUGUUUUUACAUAGUUAAUUAAAUAUGAAAAUAAAAUGUUUUCACUCACUAUUUACAAUAUUUUACACAUUAUAACACACAUAUAAUGUGUGUUAUAAUGUGUAAAAGUAUUAUGUAUUAGUGUAUUAGUAUUAUGGAAAACUUAAGCACACUAUACCACAGCUAUAACUCUUUUUGUGUGCAUUAAUGCUUUAAGAAAACUGCAUAUCUUAUUGAGUUAGUAUUCUUCUCCGUAGAAGACUCGAGAAAAUAACUUGGGAAUGAGUGACAGUUACGAACAGGACAAAUUAACUAGCUUGUGCACACCAGCGCAAUAAGAAAAGAAAAAAUUAUUGACUGACUUAUCCCAAAUAAAUACUGAUUGAUAUUUUUGUGUAACAAUAACCUGUUUUUUCAAAGUUAAUUCAAUUUUUAGUACCAGUAUAGUUUACAUGAAUUAUUGGACUAGUAAAUAAGCGCAAACAUUUGUAGGGAUUAUUUGCCAACAAUAUGCAAAUAGUAAGUGAAUAUUAUCAGUAAAUAAAUAAGGUACAGCUUUCCUUAUUCGAUAUACCGUUGUAUGUGACAUCACUCUGAUGUAAAAAAUAACUUGAGGACAUUUUUUAAGAUGUUAGAAACUUGAAUUAAGAUCCCAAGCAAAUAUGUCAUUUGUAAUAAAAGCUGUUUAAAAUAUUUUAAUUGGUAGUUAUUUAUAUGAUGUUUACAUUAAUAAUCUGUAUUGUCAAAACGUACAAUGUACGUUUACGUAUUUUUACGUCUUUUACGUAUUUUUUAUGAUUCAGUCACUGAAAGUGUUAUAUCUAUUCAAUUUGUAUAUACUCCUCCAUAGCUGCCCACUUAACCUAAUGACUUAGUCUUGGAGACAUAGUCAUUCAAUUUAUAUUUGAAUUCCCUCUGUAUUGUAUGAUAUAAUUGGCUAUUCAAACUUUAAAUUAUUUUUGUUAGUAUAACUAAAAUUUGUCUGUGUUUUAAUUUAAAAUUUUCUGUGUUAACAUGUUUUAAAAAUUGAUGUUAACAUGUUUUUUAUCAUAAUUUAUGUCUUGUAAUAUUGAUAUGAACAUGUUUAUUUUCAUAAUCUAUGUCUUGUAAUAUUGAUGUUAACAUGUUUGUUAUCGUAAUCUUUGUCUUGUCAUAUUUAUGUUUAAUAUGUUUGUUAUUGUAAUCUGUGUCUUGUAAUAUUGAUGUUAACAUGUUUGUUAUCGAAUCUGUGUCUUGUAAUUUGAUGUUAGCAUGUUUGUUAUAAUAACCUAUGUUAUCUUGUUAAUUUAGGUGAGUUGCAAUGUGUUUUUAUAAGAUGAGAUGAUUUUAUGUAUUAUUUUGUAAGUGAUAUAUUAAGUUUGUAAAUGUUAAGUAAAUGCAAAGUGACAAAUAAUGACAAUUUAAUGGUAGAUUAACCAAGUAAGUACAAAAGAAAAGAGUUUUUCCUCAUGCAAAAUAAAAAAUUAAACUAUAA